CGAGGACCAUGAGGACCUGCUCCGAGUAUAUAUCCCAUCCUCGUUCUCGCUCCUCGCCCACCACAUCAAGACUUGCCCCUACCUUGCUACUCACGACCUUCACAAAUUUGUUCAAGCUACUUGCUCACGGCACUCCACUAAGUUCCAACACCAGGACUUGCUCCCUUCUUUUACCUACGACACCCUCCCUAUUUACCUAGGUAUCCAUUAACCACCCACCGACAAUUCGACAAGAUGGCCUCCCUGACCAGAACCCGCACCUUCUCCUCCUCCGCCUACCCAGACCUCGCACCCCUAACGCGCGUGCAGGCCAACGAUAUCCCCAACGUCCCCCUGCCACCAUCCCGUAGUCCCUCCCUGUCGUCCUUCGCUUCCGCUUCCUCUUGGUCGUCGACCUUCUCCUACGCUCACCAGGGCAACGACGAGCAUCUGGACUUCCACGCCUCGGACGCCAUUGCGAGAAACGUCCGCCAGACCAUGCUUCGAGCCGGCGACGGUGUUCGCCCCGUACGUCCUCUCAUGCGUGCGGGUGCAAUCAGGCUCAGACGUGCUAAUAUUGAUAUCGACGGCGUCCCCCUUCCCCGCAAUGAGGCGCCGUGGUACACCAUCUCUGCCGAAGCAGCUGCCCGUAACCGCGCGCGCAUGAUUCAAGCGAACGAGCGACUCGCGCAGUGGCGGGAAGUCCGGCAUUGGCGGGGCCGCUGCUGUGGGGGCGUCAGGAGGGCGUACACCGAGAACAGGGAGGUGGAUGACAGUGAGGAGGGCAUGUCGACAGCAACGACGGCGGUAGGAAGGGCAUCACCUUUGCGAUGGUCCUCGUCGGUGUCGUCGGUAUGGGGUUCGGCGUCGUCAUCGGAUUCGGAUUCGGAUUCGGAUGAUGUCCGAUCAUCAUCCACCCUGGGCAAUGGAGAUGACGAUGAAGAUGAAGAUGAGGAGUGGGAGACGGACUCCGGCGCCAAUGACUCUGAGUCCGGUUCAGAAUCGGGGUAUGCUUCGGAAACUGCAUCAGAAGAGGGAGCUGAAGCACAGGAGGCACCACCAAGACCUGUAUCUCCUCCUGUGCCAUGCACGGAAGCAGAAGGACGACGUCGUGUGAGGAGGAUACUGCUGUGGGAAGGCCCGCACGAUGAAAUCGUACGUCUGGUGCCCGAGCAUGGACGGAUCGUGGAUCUGGUGUGGUGGCCUGAUAGUUAUCCGAGAGAGUUGUUGGAGGACUUGUACGACUCGUAUCUGUGAUGACGAUGGUGGUGGUGGUGGUGGAGGACCAAUUGGUACUGUACUGCACUGCACUGCACUGUAUUGUAAAUUCAAUUUUUUUUUUGAGCAGACACCU